AUGAAGUCGUACGCCAACACGAUCGUCGAGAAGAUGGAGGACCCCGAGAAGAUCCUCGAGCAGGCCGUGUCCGACAUGCAGGACGACCUCAUCAAGAUGCGACAAGCCUCGGCGCAGGUGAUGGCGUCCCAGAAGCAGCUGGAGGCCAAGUACGAGUCGUCGAAGUCCGCCGCGGACGACUGGUACCGGCGCGCGGAGCUCGCGCUCCAGAAGGGCGACGAGGAGCUCGCGCGCGAGGCGCUGAAGCGGCGCAAGUCGUACGCGGACAACGCGGAGCAGAUGUCGCAGCAGCUGGUGGCGCAGAAGAAGGCGACGGAGCAGCUCAUCCAGAACACGCGCACGCUCGAGGCGAAGCUCGCGGAGGCGAAGAGCAAGAAGGACACGCUCAAGGCGCGCGCGGCGAGCGCGAAGACGAGCAAGCAGAUUGGCGAGAUGGUGUCGUCGCUCAACACGAGCAACUCGUACGUGGCGUUCGAGAAGAUGGAGGAGAAGGUCAUGGCGAUGGAGGCGGAGAGCGAGGCGGUCGCGGCGCUGUCGCCGGCGAACGACGACAUGGAGCAGAAGUUCCUGGCGCUCGAGGGCGGCGACGUGGACUCGGAGCUCGCGGCGAUGCGGAGCAACCUGCUCGGGAGCGGGAAGAAGGGCGAGAAGAGCCUGCCGGAGGGGCGCCCGCUGCGGGACGCGAUCGACGACGAGCUCGACGCGCUGCGGAAGAAGGCCAAGGAGUAG